AUGAUGUAUUUUCUUCUAGAAUUGCUUAAAAAUGAUUUAUUUGUUUGGUUCACUAUUAUCGGAACCGUUUUAUAUUUCCUGUUAACCAAAAAUCAUGGUUACUGGGCUUCACGAAAUGUUAAAUUCAUUCGUCCGCUUCCAUUCUUCGGAAAUUCUUUCUCAUCAACCUUCAGUAUUGAACCGAGCCACAAAAUACAACAAGAGCAAUAUAAUUACUUAAAAGGUCAACCAUAUGGAGGAGUUUGGGGCUUCUGGAAACCUAAAUUGCUACUUCUUGACCCACAAAUUAUUGAGCAAAUUAUGAUAAAAGACUUCUCGUAUUUCACCGACCGUGAUUCGGCUUCUAAUGCUAACAGCUCAGAUCCUUUGUCAAACCACUUGGUCAACAAAACCGGAAAUGAUUGGAAGAUCCUCAGGACCAAACUCACUCCUGUCUUCAGCUCUGGCAAACUGAAGACAAUGAUACAACAAAUAAUGGAAUGUUCAGAUGCUUGUGUUGAACAAAUAGCUCAAAAAAUAGCUACUGGAAAGCCUUUCGAGGUAAGGGAGGAGAUGGCUGGCUUCACAAUGGAUGUCAUUGGUUCAUGUGCGUUCGGUUUAAACUUAAACGCUAUAAAUGAUCCUGAUUCUCAAUUCAAGAAAAUGGGUCAGGUGAUAUUUGCACCAUCGAGAAAGACUAAGCUGUUCCGAUCAUUGAGUAUGCAUUUCGGCUUCGUGCUCAAAUGGUUUCGCAGGAGUACGCUCAGUGCCUUCGGCGCAUUUUUUAUUAACACUGUAAUGGGUAUCGUCAAGUACAGAGAAGAAAACAAUUUUCACAGAAGUGACUUUAUUCAACUGAUGAUGGAAGUAAGAAAGGAAGAAGAGAAGCAAUUGAAGGAUGGCACUAUUUCAAAAAUUGUAAUGGAUGAUAAUACAAUAACUUCAAACUCUUUUGUUUUCCUUCUGGCUGGAUACGAGACAACUGCAACAACAUUAGGCUAUGUAUUUUAUGAACUUUCUACAAAUCCUGAAAUACAGGAAAAGGUUUAUAAAGAAGUAGAGGGCGUCUUUAAAAAGCAUAAUGGCGAAAUAACGUGGGAAGCAUUAAAUGAAAUGAAGUAUGUUGAGAUGGUGAUAACAGAGACACUAAGAAAACAUCCACCUGUCAUAGCUUUAUCACGUAAAUCAGUAAAGCCUUACAAAAUUCCUAACACUGAUUUGGAACUGCCCAAAGGAUUUAUUACAAUCAUACCAGUAUAUUCAAUUCAUCACGACCCUAGGUAUUACCCAGAUCCAGAGAAGUUUGAACCAGAAAGGUUUUCAGAAGAAAACAAACACAAAUUAGUCAAAAGCACAUAUUUACCUUUUGGUGAUGGGCCUAGAAUAUGCAUAGGUUUGAGAUUUGCAAGAAUGGAAAUGAAAAUAGCCAUUGCAAAACUAAUUAUGAAGUACAAAUUAAGUUUGAAUUCAAAAACAAUUACACCACUCCAAUACUCGUCAAAAACUCUCUUUUUGGUACCUGUUGGUGGAUUAUGGGUUGACUUUAUUCCAAGAAAUAAUCAGGAAAAAUAG